AUGACACGAGCGCCUCCAGGAUCAUCAUUCGGCUACACUCUCGACUACCAGUCUUGCUCUGUCAUCAUUUCUCUCCUUCAGGGCAUGGUAUCCUCCGGAAAAUUGCUGACUAGUACUAGCAAAAAACUGCUAGACAUUUCGCAUGACACACGCGCUGCUCCAGGAGCUGCAAGUUCGAGAACGCGCUCAUACGAGAACGCACUCAUGACGGCCAGUGGCCUUCAAUGUCGUCUUCAAUGUAAGUAUCAAAGUCUACGGAAAUGGGAAAACACAUUUUCAGGCAGACGGUCUGAUAAUGAUGAAUCCGAUGGGACUCCGUCAGCACAAGUACAUCCGUCCGAUGUCAAGACUUCAGCGCAACGAAACGACUUACAACUGCCUGCCGAAGUUUAUUGGCGAUGCGAAGCUCUACAAAAGUAAGUUCAACGGUCUGAAUCCCUCUGUAAACUUGAAAGUGUUGCAGUGUACCACUCAUUCGGCCUUAAAGUUCAAGACGGCGAGGAGGCGAUCAACUCGCUGAAAUCGGUGAUUCGAUGCGGACUCGAGACGACUCUUCCGUUCAUUCACAAGCUGAACGAGCACAAAAUCCUCAAGAAUUUUAUGAUAUUCGCCGGACGGGACAUCAUUGUCGGGCAGGAGAUCAUUUUCGAGGCGGUGGAAGAGUACAAAGGACUCGAUCGAUUCCAUCGGAAUUUGUCGAUAAGAUUCUGA